CGUUAGCGCAUGCGCGGAAAAAGCGAGAGGGGGCGGGAAAGAACGAGGAAAAAAGCAAGAUGGCGUUUGAUGGAGAAGACGGUACCUUAUUUAUAAUUGUUAGGUGUUCUCAGUCAGUGCGCACAUGUGCACGCGCAUGCGGUUUAAUAAAGUAAAUAUCGCUCCUUUUUUUUUUUUUUGGUGUCCGGAUACAUUAGUCUGAGCCCACUUCUCUCGCUAGUUAGCUUAGCUUGCUAGCAGCUAACAAAGAGAGCCGGAGGUGAUCAACACGUCGCCGGGCAGAGGUCGAACGUGAGCGGGGAAAUGUGCGAGAGAACCGCAGCAGAGUGCGAGGAGGAACCACUGGACGCCGCUUACAAGAAACGUCACAUGGCGUCACACGGAGCAGACGUCCAGCGGACGCCCCAUGUUGAAGAAGAUCCACAUCCCCCCCAUGCAGAAGGGGAAGAGGAGGAUUCACAGAGCCCCCGGUUUAAAGAGGAAGAGGAGGAGCUCUGGAUCACUCAGGAGGGAAACUGUCUUCCAGGGCAGGACGAAGUGGAUCUCACCAAGUUGCCACUGAAUGUUGUCUCUGUGAAGAUCGAAGAGCAUGAAGAGAAACCAGCUGAGUCCUCACAGCUUCAUCACAGUCCAAACAUCCAGCAGCUGAUUGAUUAUCAAGAAAAACCUUCACCUCAGUUACUGGAGCAUCCACAUCGCCACAACAUUAAAGAGGAAGAGGACAAACUCUGGAUUACUCAGGAAGAAGAGUGUCUUUUAGGACAGGAGGAGGCGGACCUCGCCCACUUUCCACUGACUGUUGUCUGUGUGAAGACUGAAGACCAUGAAGACGGACCACCUGAGUCCUCACAGCUUCAUGGCAGUCCAAAUGAGGAGAACAGAGCCGUGGAACAUCCAAGCAGCAGCUCACCACAACACAUGACGACAGAGGCUGAGAGAGACCACUGUGAAAGCCUCUUAGCUCCACUAUCAGAUAGUGACGACGCGUCAGACGUUAACGCAAAUAUGGAACCACACAUAAAAACACAGGCAGGAGAAAAACCUUUCAGUUGUCCAGUUUGCGCAAAAGGCUUUUUGAAAAGCUCCCAUGUGAAGCAACACAUGCACACGCACACCGGAGAAAGGCCCUUCAGCUGUUCCAUUUGUCAUAAAAGAUUCUCUAACAAAAGCAACAGGCAAAACCACAUGAGAACACACACGGGAGAAAAACCUUUCAGUUGUUCAGUUUGCAACAAAAGAUUCUCUAACAAAUGUAACAUGGACAUACACCGCAUGAAAACGCACACAGGGGAAAAACCUUUCAGUUGUUCAGUGUGCGAUGAAAGAUUUUAUGACAAAUAUAACAUGCAGAUACACACGAGACGACACACAGGAGAAGCUCCCUUUAUGUGUUCCGUUUGUGCGAAGAGCUUUAUUAGAAAAUAUAGUUUGACACGCCACAUGCAGACGCACACUGAAGAGAAACCUUUCCGUUGUUCAGUUUGCGGUAAAAGAUUCUCCGUCAAAAACACCAUGCAGAUACACAUGAGGAGACACACCGGAGAAAGACCUUUUAGUUGUUCAGUGUGCGAAAAGCGAUUCCUAUUAAGAAGCGACAUGAAAUCCCACAUGAGGAAACACACAGGCGAGCACCUCUAUAGUUGUUCGCUCUGCGCUAAGAGCUACGUUAAAAAAUCUUUCUUGACUCGACACAUGAGAGCGCACACAGGAGAAAAACCUUUCAGUUGUUCAGUGUGCGCUAAAAGAUACACCGACAAACGCCAUUUGCAAACACACUUGGGAACACACACCGGAGAAUAACUUUUCCUUUUGGGGGUCCGGCAGAGUUCCAUACCGGACUACUGCAAUGCUUCUCUAAAGUCCGGGUCUGUCCAGCGAAGUGCGUCAGUGCGGACCCGGCCAGCCCACUUUCUGGCAAAAUUCAACGGCCAAAUGGACGUCAGAACCCGACACAUCGUCAAAGAGCGUGUUGUUCCAACGUUACGUUUUACUUGCUCAACGUCAGGACUUAAGUCAACAAAUUGUUGUUGAAAUAACGUUGUUUCAAUGUCUUGUGCCUGCUGGGUAAGAUCAGCAAAUUUAUUGAAGAAAAAUAAUAUAUUAGCUACAAUGUGGUUUUGCACUUAUGCUUAUUUAAACAGCAAUAUGUAUUUAUUUACUAUUACCAUGUGGCAGUAAAUGAUGUGCAAUAUAACGGUCUAGUACAGGGGUAGGGAACCUAUGGCUCUAGAGCCAGAUGUGGCUCUUUUGAUGACUGCAUCUGGCUCUCAGAUAAAUCUUAGCUGACAUUGCUUAACGCAGUAAUUAUGAAUAAUUUCAGUGCUAAAAAUAAUGUGCAGAAAAUCAAACUUUCUCAUGCAUUUAAAUCCAUCCACCUGUUUAAGAAGUCGCAUUAAUGGUAAGAAGUAUUGGGGGGGGGGGGGGUCGCAGUUUGCUGCAGGGUCAUUCUCCCAGGAAGGCAGACGGACUACUAGGGACAUGGCAUUUAGGUAAAAACAUGAUUUGAUUUAAACUACAAAAAGAUACAAACAAAAAUCGCUCACAGCGGAGGCACAACUUGGGCUAAGGAACAAAGCUAACGCAUAAACAGACUAAGAACAUAAAUCAAACAAAACUUACUUGACAUGGCAUGAAGCACGAAACUAUGGCAAGGCAUGAAACAAGUCAGCACAGGGCGGGAAAAGAUCACAUUGACGCCAGGGCGACUGACUGGCAAAGACGAGCUUAAAUACUGCCUCUGAUUAGUGCUCGGGCAGCAGGUGAGCGGGCAUUUUGUCCACAAAAUGAGUAACCAAGGAAACAAGACAAGGGAGUGGAAAAAAACAGGAACUUAAAGAGUCCAAAGGACAAACAGCACAUGGCCAAACAAAAACAUGAUCAACAGACAUGACAUUUGAUGACAAUGUUAUUAAAAAGAAUAAGAGACUCUUUAUACUCUAAAAAUGUUGGUCUUACUUAAAAAUGCACACAUUUAGUUGUAUUCAGUGUUAAAUAAUAUGAUGUGGCUCUCACAGAAAUACAUUUUAAAAUAUAUGGCUCUCUCAGCCAAAAAGGUUCCCGACCCCGGGUCUAGUAAGUACUGUACCGUGUCACCAUUUCAUCACUCACAUUUUAUAUUAAAGCCCACCCAAAAACUAUUUUGUUCAUCUCCAUCUUGUAAUUCGGAUGUAUCCCUAAAUAGAGUAAUAUUGUAGUAUUAUUUCUCUCUGCCGCGUCUCGCAUUGUGAAGUGAAAACAUGAAUGCUGUGAAGGGAUGACAUGUUUUGCUGACUCAUCAGAUCAGACAAACACACUCGAUGUUUGCAUUUGUUCCACAUAACGUUCUCGCGUUCUUUGUGCAAAUAUGAAGUUUUCUGCCUUUUAUUGACUCUACACAGUAUGUGUGAUCCAACGUGUUGAGACGUGUGCCAUUAAAUCUCUAAUUUACGUAGUUGGAUUAAGAAAGCAUCAGAAUAUCUUUCAUUUGACCCGUAACUCGCUUUUCUCUCGUCUGUAUUAAGGAAGUCACAGUAACUUUUGUUACACAAUAUCAUGCUUUCCUUGCAUAUUCUUUUGUGAAUAAUUGAUGCACAGAAAAUGUGACUUAAAUCUACAUAAAAUGUGGAGAUAAUAAACGUAAUUUUAGUAGUCAACAGUCCAUCCAUCCAUCUUCUUCCGCUUAUCCGAGGUCAGGUCGCGGGGGCAACAGCCUAAGCAGGGAAACCCAGACUUCCCUUUCAACAGUGUUUGAGAAUAUGGUCAACACCAGCACUGUUACUUUAAGUAGUGGUUGCAGUGGAAAUAAGGCACCUUUUCUCUUAUUUGUUGUAUUAAAUACUGGUGUCAUAUCUGUGUGUAUACAUGUAUAUUAAUGAAUACUUGUAUCAUAUCUGUGUGUAUACAUGUAUAUUAAUGAAUACUUGUAUCAUAUCUGUGUGUAUACAUGUACAUUAAUGAAUACUUGUAUCAUAUAUGUGUGUAUACAUGUAUAUUAAUGAAUACUUGUACCAUAUAUGUGUGUAUACAUGUAUAUUAAUGAAUACUUGUAUCAUAUCUGUGUGUAUACAUGUAUAUUAAUGAAUACUUGUAUCAUAUCUGUGUGUAUACAUGUAUAUUAAUGAAUACUUGUAUCAUAUAUGUGUGUAUACAUGUAUAUUAAUGAAUACUUGUACCAUAUAUGUGUGUAUACAUGUAUAUUAAUGAAUACUUGUAUCAUAUCUGUGUGUAUACAUGUAUAUUAAUGAAUACUUGUAUCAUAUCUGUGUGUAUACAUGUAUAUUAAUGAAUACUUGUAUCAUAUAUGUGUGUAUACAUGUAUAUUAAUGAAUACUUGUAUCAUAUCUGUGUGUAUACAUGUAUAUUAAUGAAUACUUGUAUCAUAUAUGUGUGUAUACAUGUAUAUUAAUGAAUACUUGUAUCAUAUCUGUGUGUAUACAUGUAUAUUAAUGAAUACUUUUAUCAUAUCUUGUGUAUAUGCUGUAUCUGCUGAUGGAGUUCCGUUGAAGAAAGAAAAACGAAGACCAUUAUGUCAAAAUGGCAAAUAUCGGCACCGAUAAUCGGUCGAUCUUUAAUUGUGAAUUUCUCCUGUUGUAUGAAGAUCCUUAUUUAUUUGUUUGUGGGAAUUUUUGACCAAAUAUUAGUGGUUUUAGUAGUGGUUGCAGUGGAAAUAAGGCACCUUUUGUCUUAUUUAUUGUAAUAAAUACCAGUAUCAUAUAUGUGUAUGUACAUUUAUAUUAAUAAAUACCGGUAUCAUAUUUGUAUGGAUACAUUUAUAUUAAUAAAUACCGGUAUCAUAUCUGUGUGUAUACAUUUAUAUUAAUAAAUACCGGUAUCAUAUUUGUAUAUAUACAUUUUUAUUAAUAAAUACUGGUAUCAUAUCUGUAUGUAUAUUAUUUUAUU